UGAUGCAACACAGCUAAAGACUGCAAUGAUUUUUGAAACACUUGUGUAUACAUCCUGAGAUGUGUAGGCUCUGCACCGGAAGGCUGAGUUUUUAUUGCUCAUGGGAAACUGAAAGUUAAAGAUUCAGUCAGACUGAGAGGAGAGGAGAGGCUCCACUGUGUUUUACAGAACGCUACGAUUGUUAGCAGGCAGAUUAGAGCAGCUAUGGAGAUGGAGCUUCUUUUACUGCUGACCAUCUGCCUUCUGAUGUUUAGUGGAAAAACGUUUGGUAAUGAAACUGGUCAUGUCAAGAUUACCAUCAAAGAAGAUGAGGAUGUCAUCCUACCUUGCUCUCUCAAAACACUUCAUGAAGAUGACAAAUCAAAUUUUGACUGGAAAAUGGAUGACAAGGAUGUAUUAUUAUAUGAGAGUGGCACAGUUAACCCUUCCACUCAACAUGAUCAGUUUAGAGGUCGGGUCUCUCAUUUUCGAAAUGGGGCAAUAUCCGAAAAUGCUUCAAUAAAAAUAAUAAAAGCAAAGGUGUCCGACAGUGGACAAUACACCUGCAUUGACAUUAACCAAAGUCCUCCAGAGAAUCUUAACCAAGUUGUGCUUACUGUUGAAUACAUCUUAAAGAACAGAGCAGGAGAAGAGACAGCUGGUGCAUAUGCAAAACCAUCAGUCAGAACAGUCAAUGAAACUCAUGACUGGGCACUGCUGAUGUGUAAAGUUCUUGAUGCUUCUCCUAAACCCACUGUAGUGUGGUACGACAGUGCUGGAAACAAGGUUUCUGAUAAAGAACCGCAGGUCAUUCAAAAACAAAACCACUAUGAUGUGAUCCUGGAGACCACAGUGACCAAGACAGACCACUAUACCUGUGUAGCCACACAGGAGGAACUACACCAUCAGGCUAACGAAACUACGUAUCAACAUUUUGGAGGAGUCAUUAUAACGGUUUCAAUAGUCGACCAUACUGAUGACUGGGCACUGCUGAGGUGUAUAGUUCGUAGUGGUCUUCCUAAAACCACUGUAGUCUGGCACAACAGUGCUGGAAACAAGGUUUCUGUUAAAGAACCAGACAUCAUUGAAAAAGGAGGCUCCUAUAAUCUCAUCUUGGAGACCAAAGUGACCAAGACAGACCGCUAUUCCUGCAUAGCCACACAGGAGAACAGUAAUCAUCAAGAUAUUGAAACUACAUUUGUAUAUGUCAGGGGUAAAGGAAUCUCAGUUACUCCCAGUUUGGUCCUCAUUGGAAUUACCCUUGGAGUUCUUACUGGAGUUUAAGUACUACUACUACAAAAAAACUCUUCAGGUAAGACAGAUGGCAAGACCAAUGUCCCAACAACCAAAUGACGGGGAGCUGAAACAACCAAAGCCUCUAAGCUAAGCAAGGGAUGAGGAUUAGUUGAUGUUUUUCUCAAUAAAAAGAAUUGAUAUCCAUUUUACAUCAUUUGAUGUUUAAGAAAUAUAAACAAAGAUACAUUCUCCUAAAAUGUUUUAGGACAUUUAAAAAAUGUCCCAGUCAGUACUAUCACGUCAAGAUUUUCUUAACACACUAUAAAUAAUCAACACUUGAACAUGUGAGAUCAAACAGGAGUUACUCCAAUCCAAAAAAAAUUGCUUUUUGUAUUAAAAAUUCUAAUUUAAAAACCAAAUCAAACUAAGAUCAUGAUUGCAUGUGGUUUUGUUUCCCAUAGAUUUCCUCAAACAUUUAUAUUUCCUAUUGAAGAACAUAUUGUAAAAGUAUUAUUGAAAGUAGUAAAACCUUUUUGUGAUUUAAGCCUUCAUCUCUCUGAUACAACAUUAGCUACUCGUGUGACAAAUUGAUCAUCAGAGGCAGAACAGAUUGUUAGCUUCUAUUAAAUUAAACCCAGUGUCUCAGACUAAGAUUUUGUAAAAUCUAUAUUUACUGUUUCAACAAAGUUAUUUUCUCCAGUACUACCUGUCACUGCUGCAGGAUUUUAUGAUAAUAUUGAGAUGUUUUCACAACCCAGAUUCAGUAGCAGUUAGGAUUAGGCUUAGUGAAUUACAGGGAGGACAGCUUUAUGUUUGUUUGUUGUGGCUGGUGUUCAUUUUGACAAUGUACAAUCACCACAGAAUUAUGAUUAGCUGUAUAUUUUUGUUAAAAAUCUGAUUUUUACUCAUUUAUGUAUAAACCUUUUAAUUUCUUUCCAUUGUGUUUGUAUUUUAUGUUGAAUACUGAUUUUAUUGUGUUCUUCUUAAACUUUUUAGUGCCUCUGAAAAUCAUGAUUUAAAAGAAAUUAGUUGCUAUAACUGGUGGCCUUGUUAAAAAUUAAGCCUAAAAAAUUAUAAUUUUUAACUGAAAGGAAGCUCAUGAAAAUGUUAUCCAUGUGUACCAUGUAUGUCUUAAAAUCUAUUUUAUGAACCGUUCUUUGUCUUCCUUGCUACAUUAUUUUAGUCAGUUUUUGCUUUUAACUGAUUUUGUUUUGGAUUGUUUAAAUCAACUAAGAUCUGUUUUUGCUCCCACCACCAAUUCUGCCUUAACUUUCCAUAACUGCUGUGAGGUAAUUUCUUACCAAGAUGAAGACAAAUUGCUUUAAAAUGCUGGGAUGAUUGCUACACAGCUGAAUUACAUCUUAACGUGUCCAGAAGUGUUAAAGUGAAUUUACUGCGCAACAAGAGAAUGUAAUGUAA